AUGGCGUCACCCAAACUUUUGAGUACGCUGAGACUCUCCGGGAGAAGUAUGACUUUUAGCCGGAGGAUGACGUACUUGUUCCGUUGGACGGAGCCUCCUACGAGGAAGGUCGGAGUUUAUGUCAGGACCUUUGAUGCUAGCUACCGACUUCCAACCACUGAUUUUCUCGAUGAGGUGCUUUGCAAGAACGGGGUUAAUGUUUACGACCUUACUCCUAAUGUCGUAAACAAGAAAUAUGCCUAUGGAUUCGCUACUCCUGUCGUCUCGAUCCCUUCUGGCAAGACACCUUCCCCUGGUAACCCGCCCGAUGCACCUCUUGUCGUGCUUCUUCAUCCCAUCCCUUCUGAGGGUUUAGAGCAUGUGGAAGAUAACAAAGAAGGGAUUGUGGUGGGUGCAACAUCCCGUGUGACUAGGCAAAUAGGGCUUCUGAGCCUUGCAACUCUUUCUGAUAUGGCCAAGGAAAAGACCAGUGCUGACCGCUGUCGUUGA